AUGAAUCCAGGCAAUGAUAACUGGCACUCCUCUGGUGGGCCGCCGUCGCAUCCUGGCAUGGAUCAAAUGAACCAGCCGCCUCGGCCCCUGGGCUCAUUUAGGUAUGAACGAUCAUCCAUGGUUGAGAAUGACUUGAUCCCAGAGACUAAUCGGACAUCUUUGCGUUUCAACAGUCAGAACCCCGCUCAGCAAGGCCAGGCUUCACAACCCUCUGGCCCUGUUCUCCCGCCUCCAAGCGGCCCUUAUCACCCUAGUCAGUCAGGCGGCCAUUCCCUCCCCGGGCUAGCAGAAUUGAGCCAGACCCACGGGGGUCCGCACCAGCCUUCCGCGUACGGCCAGCACCCAGCCGGCCCUUCCCACAACAGCGGCCAUUCCCUUCCCGGUAUUGGUCGAGCCAUGCAACAUGCGUCGCCGCAACUCAAUCGUGAGCGGGAGCGGGACUCCCGGGAGCGAGAAAUCAUCGAGCGACAGCGUCAGGAAGAAAUGGCUCACCGCGAGCGUGAGCGGGAGCGCGAUCACCGUGAACAAAUCGAAAGGCAACUCGAUCGCCGUGAUCCACAACAUCACCCUGUCCAGAGCCAUACUGGCUCGAUUCCUCUGCAUCAGCCCGUGGCCAAUAAAGUGCCCAACUCGAUCCAUGGCCCUGGUGGACUUCUCUCGACCCUGGGCGGAAACCCGCAGAAUAGUCACCAGGGCGGACCCCAGUCUGCUGCUGGCUUGUUCGGGCCUCAAAUGCAACAUGGCGAAGGUACACCCCGCUCAUACAUGCAGCACCCUGGUGGUCCUCCUGGACAGCCUAUGAUGGGGUACAAUGCAGCUGGACAGCAGAUUCCUGGCAAUGUUGCAGCUCUUGCCCAGGGCCAGCAGCCAAUUCUCAAUGAUGCGCUUAGCUACCUUGACCAAGUUAAGGUACGCUUCGUUGACCAGCCUGAUGUCUACAACCGAUUCUUGGACAUCAUGAAGGAUUUCAAGAGCCAGGCGAUCGAUACUCCCGGUGUGAUUCAACGCGUGUCAACGCUCUUCAAUGGUCACCCCGCCCUUAUUCAGGGCUUUAAUACCUUUUUGCCCCCAGGAUACCGCAUUGAGUGUGGUACGGAGGACAACCCUGAUGCUAUUCGUGUGACCACCCCGUCUGGCACGAACACACUCAGCAUGCCGCGUGCAGGACGGCCCUUCGAGACUAUCACCAACCCACCUCCAUCGAGCGAUCCGCACGGUCGUUCCGACCUUUAUCGUGACCAGUCUCGAGCUGGUUGGCAGCAAGGACAACAGCAGGAUCAACAGCAAGGACCUGCCCCAGGAUCGUACUCUCCUGGUUCUCGAAUGAUGGGUAUGUACCCACAGGAUGGUCCGGGACCUGCUCAGGAUCACCAUUACGGCUACCCCACCCAGCAGGAACAGCAAGCUGCAUCCGCCAUGACACAUCAGCAAGAUCACCGCGGUGUGGCGCAACUUCAAGGCGCUGCGUCAGCAGCUUCUGCUGGUCUGGCCAGAUCCUCUCUCAUGGGAGUCUCUGGUGCCGGGCCUAAUGCUAGCCUCACUCAGCCCAUGAACAACUUGGCUGGCGUCGGAACCGGUAUGCUCCAGGGCGCCCAGGAUCUAAACAAGCGUGGUCCCGUGGAAUUCAACCACGCCAUCAGCUAUGUGAAUAAGAUCAAGAACCGUUUUUCGAGUGCGCCCGAGAUCUACAAACAAUUCCUCGAGAUACUCCAGACUUACCAGCGGGAGUCGAAGCCUAUCCAGGAUGUGUAUGGGCAAGUCACUCAGUUGUUCAACACCGCGCCUGACCUCUUGGAGGAUUUCAAGCAAUUCCUACCGGAAUCUGCUGCACACGCAAAACAGGUUGCUGCGCAGCGCCAGGCUGAGGAGCAAGCUCCUCUGAGCAAUCUUCGGAGUGAACCUCCCGGGUUCAUCUCUCAGACACCAAACCGGGAUGUGAAGAUGCCCCCCCUUGGCCAGUUUAAUGUUAAAGACUCUAAGGAGAGCAAGAAGCGCCGCGGGGGCGCAGGUGGUGUCGGCUCCUCUAUCUCAGGACCUGCCGGUGCAGACGCUGCUCGCUUUGCUGAGGUGAACAGAGGCGCAGGGCAGUUCGGAAAUGCCAGCAAGAGAGCGAAGUACAACAAUGGAAAGCCCUCCGUUGAUAUGGCGAAUGUUUCGCCCACUCUGAUUCCUGCUCUGCCAGAGCCUCUUCCUCCCUUGGUUUCAAUGACUCCCAGCCAGGAAGAGAUCGCGUUCUUCGACCGCGUCAAGAAGUUUAUUGCCAACAAGCAAGUCUUCAGCGAAUUCCUCAAAACCUGCAAUCUGUAUACCACAGAUCUUGUUACUCGUUCCGUUCUUGUCAGUCGAGCGGAAGGAUUCAUCGGCUCCAACGCUGAGCUGAUGAACUGGUUCAAGCGGUUCAUGAACGUGGAGGAGCCAGAGGAUAAGACUAUCGAUCCCAAGGCGAAUCCGGAGUCUGGUAUUGUCAAUCUGGCUCAUUGCCGGUCUUUAGGACCCAGUUAUCGACUUCUUCCUAAGCGAGAACGUCAAAAGCCCUGCAGUGGUCGCGACCAUCUUUGCAACUCCGUUCUCAAUGACGACUGGGCCUCACAUCCCACUUGGGCCUCGGAAGAUUCUGGUUUCGUUGCUCACCGCAAGAACCAGUACGAAGAUGCUUUGCAUCGGAUUGAAGAAGAUCGUCACGAUUACGACCACUACAUUGAGUCUUGUGCUCGAACCAUCCAGCUGAUUGAGCCUAUCUGCCAGCAGUUCUUGUCCAUGACCGAUGAGGAACGGGCCAAAUUCGAGUUGCCUGAAGGUCUCGGUGGUCAGAGCGUGGCGAUCUACCAGCGUACCAUCAAGAAAAUCUACGAUCGCCAACGAGGCCAGAAGGUGAUUCGGGAAAUGUUUGCUGAUCCAUGCCUCGUCCUUCCCGUCGUCCUUUAUCGUUGCAAGCAGAAACUCGAGGAAUGGAAGUCUUGCCAGCGCGAGUGGGACAAGGUCUGGCGCGAACAGAUGCAGAGAGCAUACUGGCGCAGUCUCGAUCACCAAGCCAUCGCUACCAAGCAAUCCGAGAAGAAGCUCUUCGCGACGAAGAAUAUACAGCAAGAAAUACAAAGCAGGUUCGAGGUAUCGGAAUCCGCUCGCAAGAGCGGAUGGAACCCGCCGUCGUAUCAGGCUGAGUUUUUCUUCAGCGACAUCGAUGUCCUCUUGGACUGUGUCUACUUGCUCAUUGUGUAUUUCGACCGAAACACCAAUGGCUUUGGCGCUGAUCCUCAGCGACUGAUCAAUUUCAUCAGAGAUUUCAUCCCUGCUUUCUUCGGCCUCGACCGUCAAACUUUCAACAUGUUCGUUGAUGAAGUUUACCUUUUGAUCACUGAUGAAGACAAUUACGAUGAUGUUCCGGCCGGAAGCCGCAAGUUGAACACGCAGAAGCUGGAUCUCCUGCGUGAGGCUCUUGUGACUGGAACUGCGGCCGAGAAGCCCGCUUUCGAAGAUGUGGAUAUGGAUAAUCAUAAUGAGACCCCUGUUGUCCGGGCUCAUUCUCACAUCUCCGAGUCGGAGGACACCUUCGAUGUGGCCGAACUGCGGUGGAUGGAGCACCCUGGAAAGGGCAAUUUCAAUGUUGAGCAAGAGUACACACUCAACGAGAAGUACAAGAAAAAGGAGCACCACAUGUACAGCAACUUGAACAUCUUCUGCUUCUUGCGUACGUUCGAAAUCCUUUACUCGCGUCUUGUGAGCAUCAAGGAGCAGGAACAGUCGGCCCACGAACAGGUUCGACGCGGUCAAAUGCCCAAAGCCGCCCACGACUUGUGUCUGAUCGACCGAUUCCCCACUGACUUUUUCUAUGAUAUUGGUCCGGAUGCCAACCUUUACAAGCAGGUUGUCCGCAUGUGCGAAGAGGUGAUCAAGGGUGACAUCGAUCAGAUCCAGCUGGAGGAGACCCUCCGUCGCUUCUACAUGCAGACCGGAUACCUCCUGUACCAUCUGGAUCGCAUCUUCUCUUCGAUUUCAAAAUUCGUUGCUUCAAUCUUCACAGGCGAUGCCCGAGACCGCAGCUCGGAUAUCAUCAACUUGUUCUUUAAAGAACGUGAGAAGGAAACCACCACUCACGAUCAAGAACUACAGUACAGGAAACAAGUCGAGCGGCUUGUUAAAGAAGGGGACGUCUACCGCAUCACCUUCUUCCCUGCCAACCACCGUGUCACGAUUCAAAUCCUGACAAACGAGGACGCAACGCUCGAUACCAACGCCCUGACCCCCGAGGAGCGUUGGUCCUACUAUGUCAACGCGUAUUCAAUGCGCGACCCGACCGAGGGCGUUGAAUUCGGCAGAAUGCGGAUGCCAUUCCUGAAGCGGAACCUCCCGCCCAAGUUGGAUGAAGAGGAGGAGUACGACCGGUACUAUAGUACCCUCCAGCACCACGACGGGCUCACGAUUCGCAUCUGCGCGAACAACUACACCUUGCUCUACCAGCCAGAUACCCACGACUGGUUCUGGCGUUCCAGCGCGCCGGUCGUCGACAAGGACGCCGACGCGGACGCCGUCAAAGCUCAGGCCGAGCAGGCGAAGAAGGAGGCCGCCGCCCUCCGCGAGAAACGCCAUGAUCGCUUCUCCGAGAAGUGGGUGAACAACCCCGCCUGGGCUCGCGGGCUUAGCAAGGACGAAGUGGAUGAGGCGAACCAGCGCUUCCGCUCCUGGGUUGCUGGCUCCGGCGGCGUGGAUGGCCCUACGGCCGCAUCCGAGGGAGCUUCGGCCCCGGCUGGCCAGGAUGUGGAGAUGGCUGAGUAG